AUGAAUGGGUCCAGCGAGUCCUCUCCCAGCUCCAGCGGGUCUUCUGAGGCUGUUCUGGAAGCCCAGCCCAGCCAGGCCCCACUCCAGGAAGACAUGGAGGUGGGCAGUGGCAAUGAGGCCAGUGACAACUGCUCCCCAGGCCAGGGCAGUGACAGCGACGACACCAAAGACCUAGGACUGCUCUCGGGGACCCCGGACACUCACCAGAGCCCAGAUGCCUUCAGCCUGAUGAUGGCCAAGUCUGAGCACAACCAGUCCGGCAGUGGCUGCAGCAGCGAGCAGUCUGACAAAGCAGAUUUGCACAAAGAGCUGAUCAAGACUCUGAAGGAGCUGAAGGUGCACCUCCCGACUGACAAGAGGGCGAAGGGGAGGCCCAGCACGCUGGCCACGCUCAAGUACGCUCUGCGGAGCAUGAAGCAGGUGAAAGCUAACGAAGAGUAUUUCCAGCUGCUGGUGUCCAGCGACAGCCACCUGUCCGGCCUGGCCGUGCCUUCCUACACACUGGACGAGGUUGAGAGCAUGACCUCCGAGUACAUGGUGAAGAACGCGGACAUGUUUGCUGUGGCCGUGUCAUUGGUGACAGGGAGAGUCCUAUACAUCUCCAAUCAGGUGGCAUCCAUCUUUCACUGCAAGAGAGCCGCCUUCACCGGCGCCAAGUUCGUGGAGUUCUUGGCGCCUCACGAUGUCAGCGUGUUCCACAGUGCCACCACCCCCUAUAAGCUCCCACUGUGGGGCACCUGCAGUGGGACAGAUUCCUUCACUCGGGACUGCAUGGAGGAGAAGUCUUUCUUCUGUCGAGUCAGUGUCAGGAAGACCCACGAGGACGAGGUCCACUACCACCCGUUCCGCAUGACGCCGUACCUCCUCAAGGUGCGCGAGCCCCAGGGCCCCGAGAGCCAGCUCUGCUGUGUCUUGCUGGCCGAGAAGGUGCACUCCGGCUACGAAGCCCCUAGAAUCCCUCCAGAGAAGAGGAUUUUCACAACCACACACACACCGAAUUGCCUAUUCCAGGAGGUGGAUGAGAGGGCCGUCCCUCUCCUGGGCUACUUGCCUCAGGACCUGGUGGAGAAGCCUGUGCUCCUGCAGCUGCACCCAAGUGACCGGCCCCUGAUGCUGGCCAUCCACAGAAAGAUCCUGCAGUCUGGUGGGCAGCCUUUCGACUACUCGCCCAUCCGCUUCCGCGUCCAGAAUGGCGAGUACAUCACCCUGGACACCAGCUGGUCCAGCUUCGUCAACCCCUGGAGCCGCAAGAUCUCCUUCAUCAUGGGGCGGUACAGAGUCAGGGUGGGGCCCCUGAAUGAAGACGUGUUUGCAGCCCCACCUGGCAUGGAGAAGUCCCCACACCCCAGUGUCCAGGAGCUCACUGAACAGAUCCACCGGCUGCUGCUGCAGCCUGUGCCCCACAGUGGCUCCAGCGGCUACGGCAGCCUGGGGAGCAACGGCUCUCAUGAGCACCUCAUGAGCCAGACGUCCUCCAGCGACAGCAACGGCCACGAGGACGCCGGCCAGCAGGUAGCCGAAAUGUGCAGGAAUAGUACUGAGGCCCAAACCAGAAGUCAUCGUUCCCGUGCAUCCAGAGAACAAAAGAGAAAGCCAGCUGCAGAACCGCAGAGUCAGCCCCCAGCCCCGGUGACACCAGUCCUGGCUUCAGACAAGGACGGCCCAGGCUCUGGGGUCCCCAAGGCCGCCUUCUCCGAGGAGCUGGCAUGCAGGGCCCAGCCGGCCUGCUCCUAUCAACAGAUGAGCUGCCUGGACAGUGUUAUCCGGUACCUGGAGAGCUGCAGUGAGCCCACCACGCUGAAGAGGAAGUGCGAGUUCCCGGCCAGCAUCCCCGCCCUGAACCCCAGCGACAAACGCAAGGCGACAGGAGGAGCAGCCUCACAAGUGCACACGGCCCUGCUCAAGUCCAAGGUGGACGGCCCCGCCGAGGUCAGCGCGCACCUGCCGCCGCUGGCGCUGCCCCACAAGGCUGACAGCGUCAUGUCGCUCACGAGCCAGUGCAGCUACAGCAGCACCAUCGUCCACGUCGGCGACAAGAAGCUGCAGCCCGAGCCAGGUCCGUGGGGCCAGGCAUCUGCAAGUGGCCCCGAGUCCCUGGACAGCCCGGCCGGCCCUGCACUGAGCCUGGGCCCCGAGAAGGAGCCGUUCAAGAAGGUGGGCCUCACCAAGGAGGUGCUAGCUGUACACACGCAGAAGGAGGAGCAGAGCUUCCUGCACAAGUUCAAGGAGAUGCGCAAACUCGGCGUACUGCCGUCCAGAUGCCACCACUGCCUCCCGCAGGGGCCCCCAAGCGAGCGCGCCACUGCCGGACUGAGAAACACUCCUGGGUCACACCCGUCAUGGAAGAAACCCGGGAAGAACCGUAACCUGAAGUCCAAAUGGGCCAAGUCCCGAGACUCGUCGGGGAGCACAGCAUCCGGAGGGCCAGCACCCGCCCGUGUCCCACUCGCUGGCCUCAGUGCCACCCCCUGGUCCCCAUCGGACACAUCUCAGUCCAGCUGCACAGCUCCGCCCUUCCCUGGGCCCAUGCCAGCCUAUCCCCUGCCCAUGUUCCCUGUGCCAGGGCCGGUGGCGGCCCCCUCAACCCCCCACACUGGCUACUCAGUGCCUGUGGGUCCACAGGCCGACGUGGCUGUUACAGCCCCACUGGCUCCAGUCAUGGCGUACGUGCUGCCUGGCUACCCCUUCCCCACCGUGGCCCCCAGCCUGUCCCAGCCCUACUUCCCUGGCCAGACUCCCUUUCUGAGCCACCCCGAGACAAUGUUCACCCCACAGCCCAUCUUUUCCACACGGACCCCACUCCCCGCUCAGCCAUGUGCCUGUCCCUGGCCCGAGCGUGCGGCCACCCCUGCCACCCCAUCCUCGGCCACCGGGCCUGUGGGCCGUACCUCCCCACCGCUCUUCGAGUCCCGAGGCAGCUCACCCCUGCAGCUCAACCUGCUGCAGCUGGAGGAGACCCCUGAGGGGAGUGCUGCGGCCAUGGGCACUGCUGGAGCCACGGCCGUGGGCCCUGAUGCCAAGCCAGCCGCAGCCCAAGAUCCCCCAGCGCAGGCAAGGCUGACUGUCCGUGUGCCCUCAGAGGCCCAGCACAGCGAUGCCCUGUCCACGUCCAGUGACCUGCUUGACCUGCUCCUGCAUGAGGACCUGUGUUCAGCUGCGGGCUCGGCCCUGUCAGGGAGUGGGGCCUCCGCUGCCUCGGACUCUCUGGGCUCCGGGUCACUGGGCUGCACUGCAUCUGGGAGCGGGACAGGCAGCAGUGACACGGGCCACACCAGCAAGUACUUUGGCAGCAUUGACUCGUCGGAGAACCAGCGCAGAGCGAGAACAGGCGCGGGUGUGGGUGAGCCUGGCCGUCCCCUCCAGGGCACCCUUCAGGACCCCAUCUGGCUGCUGCUGGCCGACGUAGACAAGAGCACCAUGAUGACCUACCAGAUGCCUGCCCGGGACCCAGCUGCGGUCCUGAAGGAGGACAGGGAGAAGCUGCGGGCUCUGCAGCGCUUCCAGCCCCAGUUCUCAGAGGCCCAGAAGCAGGAGCUGCGUGAAGUCCACCCCUGGGUGCAUGCAGGCGGCCUGCCCAUGGUCAUGGACGUGCAGGAAUGUGUUUACUGUGAGAACCAGGGGAAAGGUGGCAUUUACGUGCCAUACGAAGAUGACCUCCCUACGGUGGCACUUGGUGAAGACAAGGACCCCAGAGAGGAAGAGAAUGGACGGGCCCUGGGCAGAGCCGACGGAGGGCAGACAUAA